CCCUUCACGAAGGGCAACGGACUCAGCUUCGAAGUUAGAGCUCGCCUCAGGUACGUAAACACCGUGACCUUCGCCGUGAAGCCAGCACAACCCUUCAUCCCUGUCUUUGUCAGUAAAGCCGCUCUACCCAUUAACCAGGACAUAAAUUGCUCUCAGAUUGAGAAAGCCCACAGCGAUGACAGGCUGGAACGUGCGGAAUACGAACACGAGCGAAAACGAACUAAGGAGAACUUCGGACAAGCAGUAAAGGACAACCGUCAUCAUAUCUCCUGGCUACACCAGUCAGAUGGUCGUAUCGAGGUCGUGGAAAGCAUUUCUUAA